CAGAAGAAAAUGAAUUGACCAGUUCUUUUUAUCUUUACAGCCUAUUAACUAAAGGAAUUGAAAAACUAUUCUGCUCAUGAGACUCUCAUUUUUAAACAUUCUUUCAGGAGUAAUAUUUUUUAAGAAUGUUGAAAAUUUUAGACAUUAGUCUUAUACUAUUAAUUAUUUCAUUGUCAACAAACACAAAGAGUACUAAAGUGCUUUCAGCACAGAAAAAGUGUGGAGAUUCAGAAUGCGAAACAACUAUGAGCAGAGUAUUAGCCAUUAAAGACCACACUGGGCCUGACUGCCGCUACCUGAACUUCAAAAGUGGGGAAGAAAUAAUGGUAUACUUCAAACUUUCCAGGGAAAGGGAAGAUUUGUGGGCAGGAAGUAAAGGCAAAGAAUUUGGUUAUUUCCCAAUGGAUGCUGUCCAAACAGAAGAAGUAUUUGUUACAAAAGAAAUAGAAGUGCCCACAAAGGAAACUGAUUUCCUUUGUCUUGAUGGUGAGGAAUAUAUUUUUGAAAAUGAAGAUAGCAUAUUUAAUCGUCGUGCUAAAGAAAAUGAACAUGCAUCUCUUUUCACUGAUGGUGAAGACUCAGACUUUAACAUGCCCGAGGAUGAAAUCAUGAGGGUCCCAGAUACUUCUAUCCCAAAAGAAUAUAGCAGUCAUAGCAAGACUGACCAAGAUGAGUCUAACCAGCAAGAGGAUCCAAUCACCCAGGCUCUGAACCUGGUGCCAACUCAGUCAACUUGGACUGUUUCUGGUAUCGCAGGUUGGCUUGGUUUGGGAAGAGAAGAAAAUAAGGAGGCUUUUGGAAAAUCCUCAGAGAUUUCGGAACAAAUUACAUUUAGACAUAGAAAAACAGCAAUAGCUGACAAUGCUGAUUUUAAAAAACAAUCCAAACAAAGUAAAAUGGAGCCACAUAGCUGGUUUCAGAACACUUUGACAGAUUUGCUUCAUUUUGGAAAUGAAAAAUCAGGACGUAAUCUGCUGUACAAAGAUAAUGAUCCAAUUCUCCAUAGCAGUUCCAACACUGCUUCUAAUACUGGUCACCAUGGCAGAAGUGCAGCUUCUGAAGCAAGAACAGAAAAACCGAAUGACAAUGAACUGUCUGAAUCAAACUGGUUUGAUCUGAAGUUAAAUGACAUUUUAACUUUUGGGUAUGCUCAUAAAAACAAAGAACAGCUUGCAAAUGGAGAAGAAGGUCAAAAUAAAGACCCACUGCCUCCUAACAUACAAUCGGUCUCAGUGGAGGAUGGUUUGAGAGAAACAGCAGUAGAGCAAAUGCUCUAUGAAGAACAAGGCACAUAUGUUAAAAAGAACAUAGAGCAAACGACUGAAUCGGUAGUAGAUGAAGAGAAAGAAAAAUAUCAUGAAGAAAUUACCAGCCCAGAUAUUACAGAUACUGACUUUCCUCUAGGAAAUGAACAUCCUGAUUUCAUGAAUGCAGAAGCUGCUUCUUUUUCCACUGAAUUUGCUGAAAAUCUAAAAUCUUCCAAUACAGAACAAGAUUCAGUAUCAGGGAACCAAAUCAUUGAAAAUACUCCGGAGUCAGAAAGAAUAAAAAGCCAGUCAGAUUCAGACAUACAUUCUGAAGUACAGUACAGUGAAGCUGAAGAGCUCCAGUGCAUUUCUUCUUUUAACUACUAUAAAGAUCUCUUUAGUUUUCAGAACUUUCCAGGCAAAACCAAAAAUUCUUUACAAGAAAUUAAAAGAACCCAGGUGGAAAAUAGCCAAUCUAAAAAUAGUGUUGAAUCACUACAAGAGAACAAAAAAAUAAAAAACAUGUUAUAUCAGAAAACAGCAAAGGAAGCAAAUCUGAAGGAAUAUAUUUUCAACAAAGAUAUUUUUUUAUUUUCAUCAAUAAUGCAAAACAAUGCAGACAGUGCAAAUGUAACUAAAUAUGCUAGGUUAUUAUCAGAAACAAUUUUUCCUCCAUCUGAAAAACAUUUUUCAGAAUGUGUAGUAGAACGUUUAUUCCAGGAUCAAAUAACAUGUAAUAAAAACAAGCCAUAUAAAACCUUAGAAUUACAACUCAGUCUGCAAAGAUCAACAAAACAGUAUAAAUCUGUGAAGAGAGUUUCCUUAUCUAGAAAACAAUAUAUAAACAAAAUUAAACAUUUAAACCUAAAAGGUUUGGAUGAAAGUAUAUCUGUCAUACACUAUACUGAUGUUAUGAAGGAAACUGAUAUUUCAGAUCCGUUGAUUUGUUUGUAUUCAGAAAAAUAUACAAACAAUGAUACAGAAGAAGAUGUUACAGAUUCUUAUAAAAAAAAGGAAUUUGUUGAAGUGAAGAAUGUAGCAAGCAUGUUAUCUGGUACUGUGAACAUUUUUUCCAUAAGUUAUAAUAAAGACUAUCAAUGGAACAAAAGUAUAACUAAGGAAAGUAUGAUUCAGUUUUCUCAAAAAAGAGGAAAAGUACAAAUUCAUGUUUCAAAACAAAUUUUGCAAUUGACUGUUGACAGUCAACAAGAUAGCACAAAGAUGCGAACAACUGAAAAAUAUCCAAAUAAAUUAAAGCAGCAAGGGCUAUCUCCAGUCGCUGCAGGUCAAGAAUCGCUUCAAUGUGAAAAAGAAUUUUAUGGACAUGUCAAACAUAAUUUGAAUUUUGUCACACACAAUGUGCCAAAGGAAUACUUUCAGGAUCCACAAAUGCAGAUAGGUGAAAGAAGCAAUGAAGUAAACAGUUCAGAAACAAUGGAAGAAUAUUCUGAUAGUGCUCAAAGUUGUGAUAUUUCUUCAGUAGCAGAAACUAUUGAAAAUUAUGCUCUCCAAGAACAAACUAUCUCACAUUAUCCUGAUUUUCAUGCUUUUUCUAAGAAAAAUAUGUAUUUACCAUACAUGCAUGAAAGUCUAAUAUAUUCAAAAGAAGAUAAAAAAGAAUUAAAAAGUGAACAAAAGGUUUUAGUUUCUCAUGUUGAUCAAUCAGAUAGCAAGAAAAGCAUUAUAACAAGUACAAGGCCUGAUAUAAAGCAUAUAAAUCAGAUAGAAUAUACCACAAAAACGUAUUUAACACCUAAUUUAGAAGAAAAGGAGUUUAAAAUUUUAGCUCAACAUAAACAAAAAGAUGGCAUUUUAAAUACUGGAGAUACCGAACCGGAAUUUCAUCAAGAAAUAGUACCACUAAUGUUAUCUGUAGUAGCAUCUCAGAAGAAAACUAAAUGCAGUUUAAUCACGGACUAUAAUAAUUUACUUCUUAAAAAGCAUGGACUAGCAGACACUUUUGCCAGUGAAGAUCUAGUGCAACAUUUAGACAUUCAGAAGGAAGGUUCCAAAUCAGGUCUUAGGAUUAAUCCUAGCAAAUUUUCCUCAGAUGAGAUCCCCCAUCAUCUUGAGUCUAUAAAUCAUAUUAUAGAUCGCACCCCUAUGUGCAUGAAAGGUAGUUUAGGUGUUAAUCCUGAUAAUGAAAUAUUUACACAAGACAAAACAGUUUGUUUUAAAAACUUACACCAUGUAGAUAAACUAUUUAUUUAUGGGCAUGAAAAAGUUAAGCCAGAAAAGAGCCAGGAAUAUGAGAAAAGUGAGAAAAACAUAGCACAUAUGAACAAAAAUGGGAGAAGUUUUAAUAUAGGGCAAAGUGUUAUAAACAAUAUUUUUGAUAAAACUUCAUAUUAUUUUGGAAAGAUAUUUCAAAAAAUUAAUGAUAAUGAUUAUUUCACAAAACAUGAAACUAAUAAAAAUAUUAAAACAGAGAGACAUAAGGCUAAACAUGCCCAUGACCAAACAAAAUAUGAAUGUCAGGAUGUGAAUGCUUUUUGUUAUUUUAAUAAUAAAGUAAUCAAAUGGAAAAAAACUGUUAGUGCAGAUUCAGAAAAUGAUAACAGAAACACUGACAGAUUCCCAAUUCUGGAAACACAGUCUGUUUUCCAGAAUGCAAUUCAAAAUGGUAAAUUGAUAACUAAUGCAGACUUAGAUUGGAAAGGUGCCUGUUCCUCCAGAAGUGUCCAGGAAUUUAAUUUAAAGCUAGUUGAGGAAUCAAAAAAGAUUAUUCAAGGAAACAUUUGCGUAGAUGAAUUGCAGCACCUACAGCAAGAAUUUGAGAAGCUUCAGUACAACACCUCCAUUUCUCCAUUUGAAGAAAUUUACAAGAAAAGGAAACAAGCAACAGCUUUGGUGGAGCAUAAACAUAAAUUAAAUAUUGGGCAUGAGAAGUGUAUGAAGACCAAAAUGCAUUUAUUGCCAGAAGUUCAAAAUCUUAUGUGGGACAUCAGAAACAACUGUGGAAGCCAAAAGACAGAUAAUGGAAGAUUACCUGGCAAUGGUCUCAAAGAAAAAACUCCUUUGAAUUCAAAUAAGGAACCUAAGAAUGAUCAGUAUUCUGAAAAAACCCCACCUCCCACAAAUACUAAGAAAAAGCCAAAUGCUUCAGGAAAAAGUUAUCUAAAUCAACAGGAUGUCAAAGAAGUACAAGAGAACAAUCUAAUGAAUCAAAGUUGUAUCAUUAAUGAAAAUGAAUGGCCACUCCAGAUAACCCCAGAUCUGAACAAACUCUGUGCCAUUAUAACUUCUAUUUUUUCAUCUAUGAUAUCGAUAGGUAAAAAGGUUGUCUCAUCAUUUCCUGAAAAUAUGAGACCUGGUCCGGAUCUCUUUGGUUUUUCAUGGGAAAUUAUAAUCGUUGCCAUUUUUACUGUUUUACUGUUCUUAUGCAGGAUGUAUAAGUCAGUUAAAAGUAGACGUUAUGUAGAAAGAGAGAAGCAACGUGCCAAUGAGAUUGCUGAACUAAUUGAAGAGCGAUGUAAAUUAAUGGAUAAACUCAGUCUCCACAAAAAAGAGUUUGCAGAAUUGGAAAACACUCUGAAAGACGGCAGCUUUCUACAAGAGUCAACCAUUGCAUCAAAUAUUAAGACAGAGUAUGAAGAACUGAACAGUUCAAACUCGGCACUCAAGCAUGAAAUAGAACACUUAGAAAAAGAAUUGAAAGAAGAGAAAUCUAAACAAUUGGAACAAGAUGAUUUGAUGGCUGAAAUACAGAAAAAAAAGGCAUCUUUAGAAAAUGAAGCAAAAUCUAUCCAGUUUCAAGUUGCUGAGGCCAAAACCACAUUAAAAGUAUAUGAAAUUAACAGAGAGAGAUUGAAGACCUCUUUGCAAGAUGCAGUAGAGGAAAACAGACAUCUUCAUGAAAGUGAAAAACAAUUAUUACAAGAAGCUGAAGGAUGGAGUGAACGAUUUAGUGAGCUAAAUGAGCAGAUAAAAAUGUAUGAAUCAUCUCAAGCAGAUCUAGAGGAAGCUCUUAAAAAUAAAGAAAGUCAAGUCAAGUCUCUGACAGACUGCUUGUUAAGGAUGAAGGACUGGAGCUGUGCAACAGGAGAGCAUGAUUCUGUGGGUGACAACUACAAGGAUAAUGAUAUAAAGAAUGAAACAGAAAAGGAGCAGCACUUGGAUGUUUCAGAAAAAGAAACAGUAAAGAAGCUAAUUUAUGCCGCAAAGCUAAAUGCUCAUGUAAAAUCUGUGGAAACAGAAAGGAAUCAAAUAUAUUCAAAGUUAGCUGAUGAAAAGAAAGCAAAAGAGGAACUUACAGAACGGAUUGAAAGGCUACAAAGGGAACAUGUCACUUUGCAGUCAGAAAAUAUAGAGGUUCAAAAUGAAAUUCAAAAGCUUCAGCAAAAGCUUAAAGUCAUGACAGAACUGUAUCAAGAAAAUGAAAUGAAUCUUCACAGGAAAUUAACUGUAGAAGAAAAAGAACGUUUACAGAAAGAAGAAAAACUUUCCAAAGUUGAUGAGAAAAUUAAUCAUGCUGCUGAAGAACUGAAUACUUAUCGGCAUCUGGCAAAAGAUCUUGAAGAAGAACUGGAAAGAACUGUUUGCUCUUAUGAGAAACAGAUUAACUCACAUGAGAAAAAAGCUCAUGAUAAUUGGUUGACAGCCCGGGCAGCUGAAAGACAACUGAAUGAUAUGAGAAAGGAAAAUCUACACAGAAGACAAAAUUUGACAGAAAUAGAAUUUAAAUGCCAUCUUUUGAAAAAAGAUCCUUAUGCUUAUGAUGAUACAGCCACAGCAUUUAGCAGAGAGCAGUCCCCAUAUGGACCCUCACCAAUGGGCAGACCUUCAUCUGAAACAAGAGCUUUUCUUUCCCCCCCAACCUUAUUGGAGGGUCCCUUAAGACUUUCACCUGUGCUUCCAGGUGGAGGAGGAAGAGGUUCAAGAGGACUGGAGAAUCCUAGCAUAACUGAAGUUGUUAAUGAAAGAGGAGAGCUGAACAUCAAUAGGUUAUCUGAUCCACAUAGGCCACCUUCUGACACUGGAUCUUUGUCACCUCCAUGGGAUAGAGAUCACAGAGUAAUCCUUUCUCACCCAGUAGGUCACCUCUAUAAUGAGCAAUCUUUUCCUCGAAGACCAGAAAGAUUUUAUUCCAAUCCUCUAAACUCUGGAAGGCUUUCAGGACCAGCUGAACUAAGAAGUUAUAUCAUGCAUUCAGUUGAUAAAACAGAUGGACCAUCAUCUGAAAAUAACUCCAGAAUGGACUUGAGUGAAGAUGAAAUAAGAGAUCAUGCCAAUGGCAGUAAUAUGUACAACAUACACAAUCCGUCUCUUCCUCCUGAAAAUGAAACCUUAGGACCAGGAAUUGUGCCACCACCACUUCCCUUUUUGAGAGCUCCUCUAAUGUCAAUGGAUCCCAGAGGACCUUUCAUGAGAAGAGGCCCUCCAUUUCCACCAGUACCUCUUAGUUCUGUAUAUAGUUCCCAGGAAUAUUUUCCAAGGGAUUUUGCUGGUUUGCCACGUCCUCUAUUACCAAUGAGAGGUCCCUUUCCUAUGAGGCCUUUUUCACAAUAUCCACCUCCUCUGAGGGCUGGCUUUUUUCCUCCUCCACCUCCACCGCCAUCUGAUAACAGAAAUGAGGUUUCUGCUGAGUUAACACAGCUGUCAACUGUAUCAUCUACAGAUAAUCAAGAAUCACAAGAAACUGGUUGAAAAUCAUUUUGUUCUUGACAAUUCUCUCAACUGAAUUAUUUCUUCUCAACUGAAGUAACUUGUUACUUAAUCAACUCUAUUAUUGCUCAAAUUGAAGCUGAAUAGAGUAAUUCUCAGGAGAGUGAUCUGUAAAUAUUGGUUUAACUGUGAAUAAAUUAUAACUGUACAGCAGCAACUUUUAAAUAUUUUUAUUUUGCUUAUCUAGAUGUAAAAUUUAGUCCAAUAAUAAGAAUUCUCUAGCUAUUUUUCACAACAUCUGGUCUCAUAAAAAAUUAAUGCACGUGAAAAUGAGGAUUAUGGUAAAAUGCAGGUGUUAAAAAAUAAAAAGGUUUUAAUCAUUUGUAAUAUUUUGAUUAUUUAAUAAAA